AUGGCUGUGGCGGCAGGGUACGCGUCCGCCGAAGGCUCUCCACAGGGAGCGGCAUCGGGACAGGACCCUCGAGGACGUACCCAGAUGUUCUGGAAACCCAAGAUUGGCUGCCGCAUCAAGGCGGACCUUCGUACGGGGCUUCCAGACUUCACUCACUACCUGGUGAGCCGAUCCUGGGCAGAUCGCCGUGCGCUCCGAACAGUUGGAGGUGACGGCGUUUCUACAUAUGCCCUGGAUGGAGACCGUCGCAUGCCCUUUACGGUCUCUGCCUCCUUCAUCAAGCUCAAGCCGGUGAACAUUCCAAGGUUUGGCUACCAAGAUGAUCCAAAAGCGUACUUUCCACAUGGAGAGAUGGCUGUUGUGAAGCUUCUGGAGGGCCAACUGGCAUUCCUUUCGCAUGUCAGGGAUUACGAGAUUCAGUCUGGCGCGAGGCUCUUACAGACCGACCUGACACGGCAGGAGCUGGCAGAUAUAUCUCACGGGAGAUUGGUAUUGGAGUCCUUGCAGAGCACAAGCCUUCGGCCAUUCGAAUGGCAGCCUCGCAAGUUCUUCGCCUUUCUGAUGGCGAACAGCAAGGGAGUUGUGGAUCAACGCCUUUUCCUGUGCGUACGAGAGGUUCCUCGACUGCCUGGUACGGUGAUCAAGCAUGGCUCGUAUACCUUUUACGCUUGCCUCGACUAUACCACCUACUUGCAGCGCGGGCAUGAGCUAUACCUUACCUCCAAUGGCAUGGUUUUGUCGUACGAGGACGUUGCUCCUAUGUAUUCCACUAUCGGCCACCUCACGACCCGGGAGGGAGAGGUACCAGCUCGUGAAGUUCGUGCACAGCCUGCUGCGAAGAAGAGACCGAAGACUACUUCCGACGCAUCGCCGUCAAAGGGAAGCUCUCCACGGGAAGAGGUACCCACGGUUGAUGCGGAAGCUCUUCGGCGCCUCAUUGAAGAAGAGGACAUUCGGGCAGCUAAGGUCCGGGAAGCGGCGCAGACUGAAGCCGAGGGAAGUGUUCGCUAUGCUUACCAGGCUGGCGACACCGUCCAUGGCAAGGUCAAUCCGUCGCAGAUCCGGUUGCAAGAGGAGACGAAAGGAAUCCUCAAGCGAGCAAGAACAAACCCGUGGCACCUCUUCAACCACGGCUUGCCGGCGACUCCUUCGUCAGAGUCACUCCGCGGGAUCGACUUCCUGCGGAAACCGCGAAGCUUCUUGGCCACGGGUAAUUUCUACAGCGAGAUGACACUCAAGCCUCGUCUUGCAAAGCUUCUUCAUGACCUUCAAGACGCAGAGACCCCGGAGUUUCGGCCACUGGUUCGAGAGAUUGGCUUUCGUCCGCCGCGUGACGAUGACCCUCGCGAUAAGCAGUCAAAGACCGACGAUCCUGACUAUGCGGAUAACGCUGCGGAUACACUCGCGUAUAAUGCUCUCCACUUGGACAGGGAUAGAUACCGUGAGACUGGCGACGUCAGGGAGGACUUCUCCUACCUGCGCGGGAUCAUCUCCGAAGCCCAUGGCAAAGACUUCUUCGACCAAGUGGCCACUAGUUAUGAGAUCCGCAAGAAGUACAUGGUGAAAACGGUGGAGGGCUACAACCUCUACGAUUCGUCGUUAAAGGAGCCCUUCCAUGCGCCAUAUAUCCUCGCGGUCCUCAACUCUGCGCUUCAGAACACUAACGAGAAGACCUUCAAGAGAAAACUCUUCGAGGAGCUCUUUACGCGGCCAUAUGGAGACAUUGUGGUCGAGGAGUUUCUCGAGAACCUGCCGGGACCUGUCAUCGAGGAGAUUCCCGAAUCGGAACCAACGAAGGAUGCGCAAACGCACGAAGCUGACGGACCCAGCGACGAAAAGGCACAGGAAGCUCACCGCCGGGUGAGGACUGCCUCCUCCGCGGAGACAGAGAACGAGAAAGCGCUCGACAACCUGGAGGUAAACGGGUACGGCUACAACGGCAUGUACCACGAUGAUGUGCGAACAGACCGUGUUGGAGCCUUUAAGGUUCAGCACACGCGAUGGCGAGUACGACAUCAUCCUCACCAGCAGGAGAAGUUCCAUCUCAGCGAGACAGAGCUUUUCGACUCCCUGGUGAAGAUGCAACCGAUCUAUAUGUGUCGGCCGUCGUGCAACGAUUUGGUCUUUGGAGCGGGAGAUAUUCGGUCUACUCUGGACCAUCAUGUGAUGGAGAAGGCUUCGGAUAUUCGUGCCUCAGCACUUGAGGUCAUGUCAGGGCUCAUCGAGAAGGUCAAGGAGCUUGACAGCCAACGCAAGCCAGCCACGAGGGAGGAGCUGUUGAACUACAUGCUUCAUACCUUCCUCUGCAUGGGAGUGAGCCAAGAGGAGAUCGGGGACUUGUCACUGGACAAGAUGCCGAGUCCUCAGCUUUUCCGUUUUGGUUUUGCUGAAGAUGCACCUGUCCCGGUGUAUACCAGCAAAACAAAAUAUGCGGCGAUGGUGCUCAAUCUCAGCAAUUUCUCCCGUGGCAGAAAGCAAUCUGCUCCCAGCGUGUUCUCCGACAACAUCGACUGGGACGUCACUGGAACAAGCCGAGGCUCUUUGAUAAAAUCGGUGGCACAAGCAAAGGCCCAUCUAUAUUCCUUCUGCGCGAGGCAGGAGCGAUCAACGAUGACGAGUUGA